AUGAAUGCAACAUUAACCACAAGACAAACAUGGCGACCUGCAUCGGCAUGGUCGCAAGAGUUGGAGGCACUGUUCUGACUGUGUUAAAGCCGGUAGCAAGACAAUGUUCAAGGCAGAGGACACGUGUGUUCAUCCCGCACCGCUUUUCCCACGGAGCCCGGAGCAGUUUGUACGAGCAUGUCCGUGAAGGUUAUAGCGACAAGCCCGAGCUCGAUAUGAGAGCAGUGUGUGAGGAGACCGACAAAGUCAUAGCAAAUGUAGAGAACAGGAAGGGGGACCUGCGAGGGGACGAUGUCAGGAAUAUUGUAUGUGUGUGGCAGGAGCUUCAGGCAGUGAAGACAGAAAUCUCAGGGCUGGAGGAGCAGAAGAAACACAUCAGUGACACAGUCAAAGCUCUAGUGGCCAAGAACGACAAGAAAGCCCUCGGCAAUCUUCCAGAGUACACCCAGGCUCUGCAGAAGGGCCGAGAGAUCCGCAACAGACUGAAUCAACUUUACCCCAAAGAGACUGAGCUGGAUCAGGAACACUAUGGACGAGCGCUCAGACUGCCCAACGCCACACACCCUGAUGUGCCAGUUGGAGACGAGAGCCAGGCAAGGGUGGUGGAACUGGUUGGACAGAAACCAGAGUUUGACUUCAAGCCCAGAGGCCAUGUAGAGCUGGGGGAGGAGUUGGGUCUCAUCAGGCAGCGACAUCUAGCUCAUGUCUCUGGCCACAGGUCCUACUAUCUGAGGGGAGCAGGGGCCAGACUUCAGACUGCACUCCAAAACUUUGCCCUUGACACACUGCAGCGACGGGGCUUCAUUCCUAUGGUUGUACCUGACAUGCUGAAGGGGGCAGUGUUUGAGGGUUGUGGAAUGCAGCCCAACGCCCAUCGCUCUCAGGUCUAUUCACUGGACCAGGCCCGUUUCCCAGACCUCAAUCUGGCUGGGACGGGAGAGGUCGGGGUGGCAGGCUAUUUCAUGGAUCAUGCAGUAAAUUGGAAGGACCUGCCUGUCAGGACGGUGUGCAGCAGCACCUGCUACAGAGCAGAGACGGACACGGGCAGAGAGACAUGGGGGCUCUACAGAGUACAUCACUUUAACAAGGUAGAGAUGUUUGGAAUAACAGCAGAUGAGACAGGAGAAGAGAGCUCUCAGCUGCUGGGGGAGUUUGUCUCUUUGCAGAAAGAGAUGUUUUCUGCACUGGAACUACAUUACAGAGUGCUGGACAUGCCAACACAGGAACUGGGUCCUCCAGCACACAGAAAGUAUGACAUUGAAGCAUGGAUGCCUGGGAGGGACAGCUAUGGAGAGAUUUCCAGUGGGUCCAACUGUACAGACUACCAAAGCAGACGCCUCAACAUCCUGUAUGAGAGAGAGGAUGGCAGCCUGCAGUACGCCCACACAGUGAAUGCUACAGCAUGUGCCAUCCCCCGAACCAUCAUCGCUAUACUGGAGACUCACCAGACCAAAGAUGGAACAGUGCGUGUCCCCCGGGCCCUGCAGCCUUAUUUGGGCCUAGAAGUGAUCGAGACGCCAAAGUACACUCCACUGAAAUACAUCGGACCCAACCAGCCCAGUCGACCACCCAGACCUGCUCCCAAGACCAGAUGACACAAAUACAAGCACACACCUGUAAACGCCUGAGGUGGGAGCCAGUUCACAUUCAACCAUCAAGUCAGACAGAAAGUUGCUAUUUAACACUCAUAAGGAUAUUUCAUACAUUUUGUUGUGUGCCUAUUGUUAA